AUGCCCAUCGAAAAGGAUUUGAAAGUAGCCUAUGAUGUGCUCUAUGAGGAGGGUGACCCGAAGAGAGCACUUGAAUUGUACAACAGAAUUCUUAAGGAGUCUCCAAAGGCACUAAAUGCUCUGAUCUAUAAAGCUGCCUGCUAUGAAAAGUUGUACUUUGGUGACAAGCAAUACCGUACAGUUGAGACAUUGGAUGAAGCAAAGAGCUGUUUAGCAGAGGCUGAAGAUGUGGCCAUGGAGAGAGGCGACAGGGCCAAGAUCGGUCUGGUUUACUUCAGGUUCUUUGUACACCACUUCAAUUUGAAAUACUACAAAAUGGCAGAGACAUACUUGAAAAGAGCAAAGAGCUAUGGGUAUGCUGACCCAACACUUGCAUUAUGGGAAGAUAAACUAAAGAAUAAAUUAGCUAAGAUGAACAGCGAACAUGGCGAUGACACCGACAAAAAGGGCAAAUCUGACCUGGAUGUACCUACAGAGGCCGUCAAGACAAUAAAUAUCGACGAUACUAAACCUACACCUCCUGAUAUGAAGGUAAGGACUGACUGGUACCAGUCUACCGAUAAACUUACUGUUUCUUUCUUUACUACUAUUUUACCGGCAAAUAAAGAUAGCAUGGAUAUUAAGAUAGAGGGCUUACACUUGUCAAUCUCUUACCCAAUACCUGAUAAAGGAUCAGAAUUUCAGUACAACAUCGAUUUGGCCCAUAACGUCGAUCCUCAAGAAUAUAGCGUAAUAGUUAUGAGUAAAAAAUUUGAAAUAACUUUCAAGAAACUGGAGAAUAUUAAAUGGAAAAGUUUAGAAUACGAGGCAAACACUAAUGACCUACACAUUCCACCAACUGCUACAACGAAUGCAACUGGAAACAAUAGAGAUUCUCUGUCAUAUCCAAAUUCGUCUAAAAAGAAGAUAGAUUGGUCGAAGAUAGACAUAGAUGAUGAUGAAACUGAUCAGAAUCAAUCGACAGAUGCGUUCUUCCAGCAACUUUAUGCCGAUGCUGAUCCAGAUACAAGACGAGCAAUGAUGAAAUCAUUUAUUGAAAGUAAUGGUACCACAUUGAAUACUAACUGGGAAGAAGUCAAAAAGGCACCGGUAGAGACAUCACUACCUGAGGGACAGGAAUUGAAGGAGUGGUAA